CAACUGGGAAAUCGAAAACACCUUCACAAGCAACCGACAGAGCCUCAUCAUCAUCACCACCGUCCAAUUUCACCUCCGCCCCUACCUCUUCCAGAAUAAAGGUGCUCUCUCCGUAAAGAGAUCUCGACUUUACCAUCUACUAUUACCGCAAACACUAUCUCCACACGUCGAUACGUCGCUCGCUCGGCCAUCUCACCAUGUCCCACGCCCGGAUAGAAGAAGUGUCCGAUUCGGACCUCGAACCCUCUGACCCCUCCGAAGCCGACAUCGAAGACUUUGCCGAUACAGACAUUAUCCGCCGCCGCGUGGUAGAUCCAAAGACCGUCACCCCAUCCCAAUCCAACGUCGGGUCCGCCCCCUCCGCUUCCUCCUCCCGUGCACCCGGCCAGCAGCAACAACAACAACAACAACAACAACCACAAGACGGCAACUUCCACACCACCACCGACGCGAAGCAAUACGCCGACUACCACUGCCUCUACCCGGUCUACUUCGACGCCACGCGCACCCGCGCCGAGGGCCGCCGCGUAGCCUCCCACCUAGCCGUCCGCAACCCCCUCGCGCGGGAGAUCGUCAACGCCUGCGCCGCCCUCCGCCUCCCCACGCUCUUCGAACCAGCCAAGUCCCACCCCAAGGACUGGGGCAACCCGGGCCGCGUCAAGGUGCGCAUCCCUUCCGACGCCGCCAAGGGCCGCAGCCCCGCCGCCGCCCCGACCCGUCCCGUCGAGAACAAGCACCACCUGUACCUCCUCGUCGCCGAGCACCUCCGCGCCAACCCCGUCAAGGAGGACAGCCUCGUCCUCCGCGCCCGUAUCCAGGGCGUGCCCCCCGCCAUCCCGCCCGGCAAACCUUGGCCUCGCCCUGCCGUGCCUCGCGGUUGGAAGAUUCCCGAGCUUGUGCCGUAUAUCAGCCCUGCUAUGUCCGGUGGCGGUGUGAGCGAGAAUCUGUUCAAGGAUAUCAUGAAGGAGAUGCAGGGUGAUCCCAUGGCUGCCAUAAUGGGAGGACCCGGUGGACCUGCCGGUGCUCUGGAGGAGAAGGAGAAGGGCGGGAAGAAGAAGAAGGGGAAGGGGAAGGCUUGAGAGGGUGGGUUGGGACUUCAUCUAUUGGCAUGGAUAUGGAAAGCUUGCCAUGGACUAAACAGGGACGGGCCACAACAUGAAUGAUGCGUCAUGGGCAUGCCGGAGAGGGUUAGGCGAAGAGAGAAAAGCGAAGGGCCGAAAACCAGGAAGGACAAAGAAAAGAAUUCAUAAUUCUAGACAUAGGGACCGCAGCUUAUAGGGGGUAUCUGAUCCUAGUCAUACAGACAGGACACGAUGAUAUGCAGACGCAGACUAUGCAAUGCCACGCCAAUGUCAUGAACGAUGGCCGAUACGUUCAUGAUCAAGAACCAAAUACAUCAAGAAGAAAAGAAGAUGAAACAAAGCCCCGAACAAGCUCAAGCUCAAGCUCAAGCUCAUACAGCCGCCAACCGGCCUUGCAAUCCCUCCCACUCCUGAGACCCCACAAUCUGAACAUGUCGUCCACUGCCAGGCAUCAUCUUGCCAUCCGACCCGGGAAGUCGAACCUGCAA